CCGCCAUCGAUUUUUCUCAUUGGCUUCUGUCGGGAGAAAUUGGAAGAGAAAAACAAUAAUGCCGGUCUUGGCGUCCAGCGUCGUUUCAAUGAGUUGAGUUGUAAACUUUAAGGUUGUGUUCAACUUCAGAUGAAACGUCAAAGGUUCCUAUUUUGAAAGCCGAUAACCAAUAUAAUGUCCGGUGGCAUGCUGUACGGCGGUGAUGAGAUCGGCGCCCUGGUCUUUGAUCUCGGUCAUCAUUCGCUGCGAGUUGGUUAUGCCCAAGAAGAUACACCUAAGGCAGAAAUUCCAGCCGCAGUUGGAAUCGGGGAAGACACAGGAGAUAACCUGUCAAAGAAUGAUGCUAUGGAUAUCGACGAUAAAAAACCAGACAAUAAUGUCACUCAAUCAGGCAGCAAAUAUUAUGUCGACACUACGAUACUACACGUACCUCGGAAAGGUAUGGAAGUUGCAAGCUAUAUGAAAGAUGGCAUGAUCGAAGAUUGGGACCAUUUUGAAAAGAUUCUAGACUAUACUUACGCAAAAGUUAUUCGAUCAGACGCCGAAUACCAUCCUGUACUAUUCUCUGAAUCUCCAUGGAACGUUCGUAGUAAACGGGAAAAACUUACCGAACUUAUGUUUGAAAAGUACAACGUGCCGGCAUAUUUUCUUGUAAAAAAUGCUGUCCUGGCAGCAUUUGCCAAUGGCAGAGCUACCGGAAUCGUUGUGGACAGUGGAGCUACACACACAUCGGCUGUUCCUGUUCAAGACGGUUUUGUCCUGACUCAAGCAAUCGUCAAAUCUCCACUUGGGGGGGAUUAUAUAAGCAUGCAAUGCAGGCAGUUUUUACAGGAUCAAGACAUCGACCUUUCCCCGUCGUAUAUGGUUGGUAGUAAAGAGGUGGUUAAAGAUCACGAAAAACCUAAAUGGCAGCCAAAAAAAGGGCUCCCAGAAGUGACCAAGUCGUGGCACAAUUACAUGGUCAAAAAACUAGUCCAAGAUUUUCAAGCGACAGUUCUUCAAGUAUCUGAAACACCGUACGACGAAAAAGUUGUCUCAUCCGUUCCUGCGGUGCAGUACGAGUUUCCCACCGGGUAUCACCAGGAUUUUAGCACUGAGCGAUUUCGAAUGCCUGAAGCACUAUUCGAUCCUAGCGUAGUACAGAUACGAGGUGGUAUGGUUGGCAACACAAUGCUCGGGGUCGGACACAUAGUAACUACCAGUGUCGGGAUGUGCGAUGUAGAUGUGAGACCUGCCUUAUAUGGUAGCGUCGUUGUUACCGGGGGUAACUCGUUCAUACAGGGAUUUCCGGAGAGGCUCAACAGAGAUCUGUCAAUGAGGAUUCCUUCCAGCAUGAGGUUGAAAGUGAUAAGCGCCAACGGGUGUGCCGAGAGAAGAUUUGGCGCUUGGAUUGGAGGAUCAAUCUUGGCGUCUAUAGGAACCUUCCAACAGAUGUGGAUUUCGAGUCAGGAGUACGAAGAAAGUGGGAAGAGCCAAGUGGAGAGGAAAUGCCCUUGACUCGAUGGCUUGGAGUUUUAAAUUUCAUUAAUUAACUCUUGUAAUCAGAUACACCGUUGGAAACAACGUAAGCAGUACAAUGUCACCUCUCGUACAAGAGAUCUAAGAAAAUCGAGACUACAAAUAUGUAAAAUACAAAGCAAAGAAGUAGCUUUGAAAACUUUUUAUUGACACUGUGUUAAUUUCAUGAAUUUAUCUGAUGCACCUAAUAAGAAAAAUGUCCGUAUAAAGGAGUGCAAAAUGUUUAUACUACAGUACCAUAUCAUCUUUGGAUCCUUCAUGGCCUCCAAAGUGAUGGUUUUUUUUUUUACCCACUUGUAAGGACCACAUUAACGUGAAAAUAAAACUGGAAGAAAUAUUUUUAGCACAAAUUCGCAAAUGAAAUUUCUUGGUGUUUAACGUU